AAUUAUCUAUCUAUAUUUUCUGUGCUUCUUAUAUGUUUUAGAUUUUAUUUCUAAAAGCUGUUUCAUAUCCCACAAUAAGUUGCAUGGAUAAAUCGUGGAUCGACAAUGAGGCUAGGGAGACAAAGGCCUAUAUACAAGGGGUGAACAGUUUUCUAGCUUUUGCAUUUAGAAAUUCCGCAGUUGGGUGCAAGAUAUUAUGUCCAUGUAGGAAGUGUGUUAAUUCCUUUUGGAGAGAUGCUAGUGAUGUGCGAGAACACUUGAUAUGUGAUGGAUUUCUAAAAGGAUACAGAACAUGGACUUUACAUGGAGAAGCUAGCUCCUCUUUUACGAACCAUGGUAGUUAUGAUGUUCCUGAUUUCAUUGAGCAGCCUAGUGAAGAUGAUGAGAUAUCAGACUUGCUUAGGGACUUAGCUUGUGGUUUAGAUGACAGAGGUGAUAUGGAAGAUGACAGAUCUUUUGAGCCACCUAAUAAAGAUGAAACAACUAUUCAUAAGCUAGCAGCGGAUAAUAGUAAAGAAUUGUACCCAGGUUCCAAGUACUCAAAGCUACGUUUUCUAGUUCGGUUACUUCACAUCAAACUUCUUGGAGGUUGGAUCGAUAGAAGUUUUAACUUGCUGGUAGAUUUACUUGCUGAUGCCCUACCUACAGGUUCAGAACUUCCUAAAAACUUUCAUGAAGCUAAGAAAUUGGUGAAAUCUGUUGGAAUUGGGUACAAUACUAUUCAUGCAUGUGAAAACAAUUGCCUUCUCUUUUGGAAGGAGAAUGAAAAACUGAAUUCAUGUCCAAAAUGUGGUGUCUCACGUUGGAAAUCAGAAAAGAAGAGUCUAGAUGGAAAACGUGAGUACAAGGUUCCUAGAAAAGUUCUUCGCUAUUUUCCUAUUAAGAAAAGACUCCAAAGAUUGUUUGUAUCCUCUAGAACUGCAAGUCUCACUAGGUGGCAUGCUGAACGACGAAUAAAAGAUGGUUUGCUUAGACAUCCUGCCGAUUCCAUUUUGUGGAAGGAUUUUGAUCAGAAGUAUCCAGAAUUCGCCGCUGAUAGUCGUAAUAUCCGUCUAUCAUUUGCUACUGAUGGGUUCAAUCCAUAUAGGACUAUGAAUGUUAGUUACAGUAUUUGGCCUGGCAUUUUGAUUCCAUUCAACUUUCCACCUUCAAUGUGCAUGAAGGAUUCAAAUUUCAUCUUGUCUGUGUUAAUUCCUGGUCGAUCCUCUGUUGGCAAUGAUAUGGAUGUCUAUUUUCAGCCACUUGUUUAUGAUCUACUAGAUAUGUUUGUUAAUGGCGUGAGAACCUAUGACGCUUCAAAGGGUGAAUACUUUCAAUUGCGUGCUGCAAUAAUUUGGACCAUCACUGAUUACCCGGGUCUAGGCAGCGUGUCUGGGUUUGUUACAUCUGCAAGCAUGCUCUUUACCUCUCCACCAUUGGGGUUCGAAAUAAACGUGAGAUCACCUGCAUGCAUCAUAAAACCUUUCAUGAGUGGUUUAGAUUGCAUGUUGAGGAAAUGUGUGAGGAAGCUCCAGAGGAGAUCAAAAUUUUAG